AUGGAAGCCGUAGGUCUUGUUCUCGGUGUCGCUGGUCUUUUCAGCACAUGUCUAGAAGCCGUGGAAAAGGUUCAGUCCUAUCACUCCUUCAGACCUGAUUCCAGCACCAUAAACACCCGAUUCAAGACUGCCAAGGUCCUUUUGGAGCAGUGGGGACGCAAUGUCGGGUUCGAAAACGGCAUCUUGUUAGCAACGCAUAACGAAAAGUUGGAUGACCCUGAUACUGUGGUUGCUGUCAAGGACGUGUUGAAUAUCAUCAAGGGUAUCUGCCAGCUCGGCAGUCAACAUCGCGCAGCUAAUGGAGCCAAUGGGUCUCUGAUUGCUGGUAGAAGGCAGAAGUUGAAAUGGGCGUUUGGCGAUAAAGAGAAGCAACAAGAACAAGUUGAGCUUUUGGAAAGGCUUGUUGAACAGCUACGGCACUUAGUUUCGGAACAUCAUCUAGAUCCUAAAGUCUCUCAAAGCCACGCCUCAAUUGCCGACAUCAAGUCUAUUCUCAGCCGAAUCGAGAAAGAAACACGAGCUGGAUUUAUGAUCGAGAAGCCUUCCAGAGUUGGCUAA